AUGCAGUGUUCCUUGUUACUGGGAUACCCGGGCAGGAAGACGUCCCUCUCUGGUUUUCUGUCGGUUACUGGGAUACCUGGGCAGGAAGACGUCCCUCUCUGGUUUUCUGUCCUAUUCUGCUUCACGAAUGCUAUCUCAAUAGCAGGAAAUUCAGUCAUUCUCUUCAUUAUAAAAACAGACCCAAGCCUCCAUGAGCCCAUGUACAUUUUCCUCUCCAUGUUGGCUGUUGCAGAUCUUGCUAUAUCGAUAGCCACCAUGCCAACCACCCUAGGCAUAUUCUUGUUUAACUCUAGGGAGAUCAGCCUGGAUGCCUGUUUUGCCCAGCUGUUCUUCAUCCACUCACUUCAAUGCAUUGAAUCUUCUGUGCUCCUGUUGAUGGCUUUUGACCGUUACGUUGCAAUCCGAUACCCACUGAAAUACGCUUCCAUCCUAACCCUGCCGAGAAUAGCCAAGAUGGGACUGGUGUGUGUGGUAAGAGGAGUAGCCAUAAUAUGCCCACUGCCUCUUCUUCUGCAACAGUAUCGAUACUGUCGAGCCAACAUCCUCUCCCAUUCCUACUGCCUGCACCAGGAUGUCAUGAAGUUGGCUUGUGCAGAUGUCAGAGUCAACAGUAUCUAUGGCUUGUUUAAUACACUCUUAAUACUGGGGUUAGAUACGCUGCUCAUCUUCCUCUCUUAUGUGAUGAUCCUCAAAACAGUGCUGAGCAUCGCAUCCUAUCUGGAGCGCCUCAGGGCCCUGAACACCUGUGUCUCUCACCUCUGUGCUAUCAUGCUCUUCUACACACCAAUGAUUGGCCUAUCUGUGAUACACAGAUUCGGGAUUAGCUCUUCUCCCUUGCUUCAGAUUCUCCUGGGUUACGUCUACCUGCUGGUUCCACCCAUGAUGAACCCGAUUGUGUACAGCGUGAAAAGCAAACACCUCCGUGCCAGGAUAAUGAGGGUGUUCAUCAAGUGA